AUAAAGUGUGUGGCGUUUGCGGAGGUUUUUCAAUGGGCAAAAACUUCGGCGCCCUAUCGUGUGAGCCCUGUAAAGCCUUCUUCAGGAGAAACGCAUUGAAAAACAAAUUUAAAUGUCGUUUAGGCAACAAUUGUAGUAUAGAUACCAUAACCCGAAGGUUUUGCUCAAAAUGUCGUUUUGAUAAAUGCCUGGCCAUCGGAAUGAGACGGGAAUUCAUAGCGAGUGAUGAGAAAAAAGAGCUGAAAAAAAUGCCUGUCAUACCCAUCGCCCGACCCAUCGAUGGCCACAAAAGUGAUUUCAACGAAACCGAAAUGUACAUAAUCAGUGAACUGAUCCAAUCGACUCAAUUCGGAUCAAUAAUGGGAACAAAUUCGGUGUUUAAGAUCAAUGAUAAUCACGGCUUUAACUUCAUAUUAACCGAAAGGUUUGACAAUUAUGUGAGAAAUGAGACCAAAGCUGUGAAAGGGUUGACCGCAUUUAACACCAUCUGUGAAGACGACCGCAUCUUACUAUUGAAGUACAGCUGCAUUGAAGUGACAUUCUUGCGGUCCAUUCUCUACCUCAACGAUACCGCCGAUUAUCUCCAACUUCAAGGGAUGUAUCCAAUCUUGACUCCAACAACACAUUUACAUGCAUUUACUUCAACGCUAUUUAUUACUCAAAUAUCGGUCAGAAUCGGAGGCAAAGACCCGAUUCUCACAAUUAAUGAACAUUUUGACGGAUCUAAACGUCUUAAGAGAGAUCCAGAGAACGCAUACUUUGAAUCAUUCACUGAAUAUCUCACCACUUCUACAAGAAGCUAUAAAUUACCCGAUGGCCUCUCGUCCGGUGUUGUCAUUAAGACCACAUCGGGUGCAGUGAAGGGUCAGACCAUACGGGCGUUUGACACAAAUAUUGACCAAUUUUUGGGUAUACCUUAUGCCGAACCACCCGUCGGGAAACUCCGGUUCGCCAGUCCUGAAUCCAUCAAAACACCCAAACCGGGAGAGAUAGACGGGACACAAACGGGAAAGGCUUGCCUUCAAAAGAAAAACGACUUUUUGAAAGACUAUUUCGGAAACCUAUCGAUGAGUGAGGAUUGUCUCACAUUAAACGUGUGGACAGCGCAGGGACUGGGGGUCGGGUCGGCACUGAAACCGGUAAUGUUUUGGAUACACGGCGGUUGGUUUCAGUACGGCUCCAGCUUUCAACACACGCCCGACUAUUUCUGGUUUAACGGCACGUAUUUGGCGGCCAAUGACGUGGUGUUUGUGGCCAUAAACUAUAGGCUCGGUUUGUUUGGCUUCACGUAUGGGGCGGACGAGACGGCGCCCGGAAAUGUCGGUUUUCUCGACCAAGUGUUGGCUCUUAAAUGGGUUAGAGAAAAUAUCCAUCAGUUUGGCGGAGAUAAGGAUCAGAUCACCAUUUUUGGUCACAGCGCCGGCAGUUGGUCCGUAUCGGCGCACAUACUCUCCCCGCUAUCCAAAGGUCUAUUCAAGAGGGCUAUUAUGCAGAGCGGGGCCGACAUUAUGAACAAAAAUCGUGGUUUAAUUACUCGACCCGAAGCCCUAUCUCUGGCCAAAUCUGUGGCCAAAAACCUGAAUUGCAGUUCAGAUGAAGACAAAUGGUUAGAGUGUUUGAAAGCCGUGGACGCGGAGCGGCUUAAAAGUGAGACACCGACCACUGUAUACCCCUUACAGGACAACACAGACUUUUUGCCCGAAUUACCCAUCACUGCGUUCAAUGCACACCAUUUUAAUCCUGAUGUAAUAGCCGGUGUGGCCAACCGUGACGGCUCAAGCUUGGCCAAAUAUGCUGUACCCCAGUUAUUAGAUGGUAAUGUGACCAAGGCAAUGUUCACAACACUUGUACAGCUGGCGGCCAUUGAAUUGCACGAUGUGAACGCCACCAAAAUGACCGAGUUCUAUUUGCGCAACGUUGACACCGGCAACUCCGACGAGCUUAAGACCGCUUUCUACGAGCUCUACACCGAUGUGUCGAUGAGGUGUCCGACAUAUCUAUUCGCCCGACAGUACGCCCAACACUCGCCCGACUCGAGAGUAUACUUCUUCGACAUCUCGUACCAGAGUUUGAACGCUUACCGCUGGGGUUGUGUCGGCCCGCAGAUGGGUGUCUGUCACGGGGCCGAAGAGGAGUUCAUGUUUGGCGUACCGCUGAUGUAUCCCAAGACAUUCACACCACUGGACGCACAGUUCGCCCGCACUGUCACUAAGAUGUGGAUUGAUUUCGCUAAGACAGGGUUCGUUGCGUUCGGUAAUCCGGAUAAGAAAUGGCCGACAAUUAUCAGCACCGGUAGCCCAGUGUCUAUGUUUAAAGAUCUCAGUCCAUACGUACCGCAACGUGUGCUAAGGGAUGCAUAUUAUGAUAAUUGCGAUAAGUUUUGGGGGAAUUAUUUUCAAUAA